AAUGACUUUUCCUUCUCCUUUUCUUUUUCUACACGUCUCUAUGGCUCCUAUAACUUCUCUAGGUCUCUGGACCUAGGAUUUGCAUGUUAGUCAUCUCCUUUCGUCGUCUCUCUAGCUACACGUUUCACAGGAGAUCAGAAACAACAAUGAGUCAAUACAAUCAACAUCCCGUUGGUGUUCCUCCUCCUCAAGGUUAUCCGCCUGAGGGGUAUCCACCGCAAGGAUAUCCUCCUCAGGGAUAUCCGCCUCAAGGCUACCCACAGCAGGGCUAUCCACCACCGCAGGGUUAUCCUCACCAAUCUCCUCCUUAUGCACCGCAAUAUCAACAGCAGCAUCAGCAGCAACAACAGAGCAAGCCUGGGUGUCUUGACGGAUGUCUUGCUGUUCUCUGCUGUUGUUGUCUCUGUGAUUUAUGCAUCUUCUGAUUGGAGUACCUGCUCGGAGCUGCUUUUUAAUUGCAAGAGAGUGUUUGGCGACACAAGAUCAUUUGUUGCGUAAUGGGCAUUAAAAUGAAUUGCUUGGAUACAAUCUCUUGUAUAUCCUCUGUCGUAUUAUCUUUUAUGUUUUUCGAUUCAUAAAUAACAUAUUGUCUAUCGACUUUCUGGCUUGGUUUGGAUUUGAGACUAGCGGGAAUGUAAAUUGGUGUGGUUGUGGAGACACUAUUCCUUUUAUUUACUUCCGUAUGUCAUUGGAUUUUUUU